AAAAUGUAGAACUGCAGUUGAUUGCUGAUGAUAUUUAAGGAGUAAGAAUGGAGAUAUAUUUUUAGAAAAUCCAGAAGAAUGGCGGACCUACCGUUUAAACCGGUAGAGAAAGUUAUUGACAUAGUAUUGGAAGCGAGUAUUCGGCAACUUGAUUAUAUAAUCAAUUACAAAGACCAUGAACAGGGUUUAAAACAACACAUUGCGACUCUUGAAAGUAAUAAGAAAACGGUGGAUGAGCGAGUUCCAGUUGCAAAAGACAAUGCAGAAGAAAUCACGCCAGCCGCUCAAGAUUGGCUCAAGAGGGUGGAGAGAAAGAUGGAAGAAAGUAAGGAGUUUCACGAUGACAAAAUGCUGGAUUCCAAGACAAGUUGCUUUAGCGGGGGGUGCUCUUUCUUGUGGAACAGGCGUCAACUUGGCAGAAAAGCAAAGAAGAUAUUGGCACCCACAAUCAAGCAGCUAAAUCAGGAAACACCCGACAUUCUUGCAAAUAUUUCACAUCCACCAGCUCCAACGUUUGCGGAUAGCAAUCCACUUGAUGGUGACUAUCUUGAAUUCGAAUCAAGGAAGGGUAUAAUUGAGAAAAUCCUGGAGCAACUAAAAGAUCCCACGGUGAGAAUGGUUGGACUGCAUGGGCCUAGUGGUGUGGGCAAGACCUCUCUCGUCAAACAAAUUGCAAAGCAGGCUGGCGACAGCAAAUUGUUUGAUAAGGUGGUCAUGGCAAUCGUGAAGAAAGAUCCAGACCUUCUAAAGGUUCAGCAAGAUAUCGCUGACGGUUUAAGAUUAACUUUUGGAAAUAUAGGUGAGAAUGGGAGAGCAACACUUCUGAGGAAGAGGCUGAAACAGGAGAAUACCUUUGUGAUCUUAGAUGACCUUUGGGAUGAACUGGACUUGAAUAAGAUUGGGAUUCCAUUUCAUGAUGACGAUGUCGUUUCAAGCCACGUGCCUAGCAGCAAAAAGGAAGAGAAAGAGCAAACGGCAAGUGAAAAUUCUCCUGGCAGUUCUGGCACCAGCAAGCGGGGAUGCAAAAUUUUGGUCACCUCAAGAUAUAAAGAAGUGUUGCUCGGAUACUCUGACAUUGUCAAGAAGGUGGUUGAAAUGUCAAAUGAAAUUCCCAAGUUCAAGCCAGAAACCCUUCAUAAUUAUUGUGCUGGGUUACCAAUGGCAGUUAUUAUAGUUGGAAGGUGGUUAAUGAAGAAGAACAAGCUAGAGUGGGAAGGCGAACUAGAAAGACUCAAAAACCAACAAGGAUCAAAUGAGGUGCACAGGUACAUGGAGAGUUCUGUGAAGAUGGGUUAUGAUCAUCUAGAAAGCGAGGAGCUCAAGUCCAUUUUCCUAGUGUGUGCUCAAAUGUAUCAUCAGUCAUUAAUUGUUGACUUGGUGAAGUACUGUUAUGGUUUGGGCAUACUUAAUGAUGUCCAUACACUGACGGGUGCCCGCCAGAGCAUAUCCAAGUCAAUCCAGAUACUAAAAGAUUCAGGCUUGUUGGAUAGUACUUCCAACGAUAAUUUCAAUAUGCAUGAUAUAGUUCGAGAUGCUGCUCUAUCUAUAGCAUGCAAGAAUCAGAAUGUAUUUACCUUGAGAAAUAAAACACUGGAUGUCUGGCCUCACAAGGAACAACUUGAGAGGUACUCUGCAAUUUAUCUACACAAGUGCCAUAUUGUGGAUGGGCUCCCAGAACGUGUUAACUGUCCUCGUCUUACAUUCUUUUAUAUUGACUGUGAUGGUUCAACUUUGAAAAUACCUGAUACCUUUUUUGAAGGAAUGGAAGAACUCAGAAUUUUAGUAUUGUCCGGAAUUCAUUUGCAGAGUCUGCCGUCUUCAAUCAAAUGCUUACCAAACCUCAGAAUGCUUUGCUUGGAGAAAUGCACUCUAGGUGACUUAUCCAUUUUAAAUCAUUUGAGAAAGUUGAGGAUUCUUAGCCUUUCAGGAUCUAGAAUUGAAUAUUGGCCAACAGAUUUGGAUGGCUUAAGCAAGUUACAGUUUCUAGAUAUUAGCAAUUGUUUUAUAAGCAGCUCCACUAGGUCUCUAUCUUUAUCGAGCUUCCCUAAUUUGGAAGAAUUAUAUAUAGAAAAUAGCUUGAAUAAAAUGGAGGUGGAAGGACAGAUAAAUCACAGUCAAAUUUCAGCUCUUUCUGAGUUGAAACAUCUGCAUCAGUUGAAUACUUUAGAUGUCUACAUUCCUAGUGCUGAACUUUUGCCGGCAGACUUGUUCUUUCACGAGUUGAAUGAUUACAAGAUUGUGAUUGGAGACUUUGAGACAAUUUCAAUCGGAGAUUUCAAGAUGCCCAAAAAGUAUGAAGCUUCAAGAUCUUUGGCCCUGCAGCUAGAACCUAGCAUGGAUAUUCACUCCCUCAAAGGAGUCAAAUUGCUAUUCAAAGGAGUGGUGAAUUUCCUUUUGGGAGAGCUACAUGGGGUUCAAAAUGUAUUUUAUGAGCUGAAUCUGAAUGGAUUUCCAGAUCUGAAACACUUUUCCAUCGUAAAUAACAAUGACAUUGAAUACAUUGUGAAUUCAAUGGAGUUGUCACAACCUCAUGAUGCUUUUCCCAGUUUAGAGUUCCUCAGCCUGUUCAACCUAAAGAACAUAAAGAAGAUAUGUUGCAGUCCUAUUACAAAUUCCUCAUUCUCUAGACUAAAGAUAAUCAAAUUGAAGAUGUGCCCCCAAUUGAAGAGCAUAUUCUUCUUUUACAUUGUUGAAUUUCUUACUAGUCUAGAAACAAUUGAUGUCUCUGAAUGUGAUUCUCUACAAGCAGUUAUUAGUAAAGAAGAAGGAUCCAACAAGGUUGUGCUUCAUAAGUUAUGCUCUUUGACAUUACAGAAAUUACCAUCCUUUGUCAGUUUUUACAACAAUUCAGACAGGCCUUUGGAACCGGAAUCUAUGGAAAAGCAAGCAAGAAUCAUUGACGACAUAGGAAUUGUCCCAGCAGAGGAUGAGCAGAGUUCCACAACUUCCUUUUCUCUUUUUGAUGAAAAUGUAGAAAUUCCAAAGUUAGAGAGCUUGAAGUUGUUCUCAAUCAAGAUCCACAGCAUAUGGAGCGAUCGAAUUUCAAAUGAUUGGUUUCAGAACUUGAUAAAAUUAACGUUGGAAAACUGUAACUUGACAUAUUUAUGCUCAUUGUCUAUGGCUCGCAGUCUCAAUAAGCUAAAAAGCAUCUCCAUAAUUAAGUGUUCACUAAUGGAGAAGUUAUUCAUCAGCGAAGAAAAUAACAAUGAGUAUUCGAAGGAUUGUAUCUUUCCUAAAUUGGAGGAAAUCCAAUUGAGUGGAAUGGAGAUGUUAAAAGAAAUAUGGCCAUGUGAAGAUGAAGUAAGGGCAGAUUCAUUUUCUAGUCUCAUUUCUGUUGAUAUUAGCCAAUGCAAUAAGAUUGACAAGAUUUUUCCUAGUCACAUGAAAUGUUGUUAUUUGAGUUUGAAAACCUUAAAGGUUUCUUCAUGUGAGUGGGUGGAAUUCAUUUUCAAAAGUAGACUUCCUUCGCAACAAAGUGGCACAAAUAAAUCUGCAUUAUUAGAGGUUAUUGAUUUGCAUGAUCUCCCUUAUCUAAAGCAAGUAUGGAGUGAAGAUCCAAAAGGAGUGGUUAACUUCACAAAUCUGCAGAGCAUAAAGAUUUCUUUUUGUAAUACAUUGAGCUAUGUGUUGCCAGCUUCUAUUGCCAAGGAUCUUGGAAAACUAGAAAGCUUUUCGAUAUACUCAUGUCGUAAUUUGGAGGAAAUCAUUGCGUGCGAUGGAGGAUCAGAAACAAGCAAUGAACCACCAUUGAUGUUUCCUGAAGUAGUCUCCAUGUCAUUUAGGAAGUUACCAAGCAUCCGAUGUUUGUACAAAGGGAGACAUAUUGUAGAGUGUCCAAAAUUGAAGCAACUGACAAUGAUUGAGUGUCCAAAUCUGAAAAUAUGCAAAACAGAAAGUGCCAAUGAAGAAGAAGGAGCAUCCUUAUCGGCUGAAAAGGUAAAAGUGCUUACCAAAACCUUUAACAUUAUUGUAUUCUAUAGUCUAUAUCCACCACAUCAUGGUCAUGACCUCAUAGACAUCAAGCAUAAAUUGAUGGAGAAAUUAUUACUAUAA